AUGAAAAAGAUAAAAUUAAAUAUAACUAGAGAAGAAGAUAAUAUGCAAAGCAAUAUAUAUUAUGUAUGUGAAGAAAAUAUAUUGAUAUCUCAAUUAAAUUUAACUAUUAAUUAUGAUGAAAAUCAUUUAACCGAAGAAGAAAUCAUAGAAAAAAGUAAUUCAGUAAAUGUGAAUAUUGAUCAAACUAAAACAAAUGAAGAAAAAAAGAAGAAUAUAAAUAUAAAAAUUUCAUAUAGUGACGAAUUGAAUAAUUUAUAUUUUAACAAUGUAAUAAAUAAUAUUUAUGAUUACAUUUUUGAAUGUAAAACAAAUGAUUUAACUAUAAAUAAAAGCCAUAGUUGGUAUAUAUUUAUAAAUAUAUAUAUAUAUGAGUAUACACCUUAUAUAUAUGAUCACAUAUGCAAUGUGAUAAAUGUGCAUUUAUCUUUAUUAUUAAUUCCUCUUUGUUUUUAUGACUUUGAUUAUAAGUGGUAUAGAAGUGUAGAAGAUUAUGAAGAAUUAUAUAAAUUGUUGUCUUGUAAUAAAUCAACUAACUGUAAUUUAACAGAAGAUGAAAAAAAAAAAAGUUAUUUAAAUGACAAAUUAAAAUUGAUGGUAAAUGAAAAUAACACAAAUAGUGAGACAGAUGAAAUGACAUCACAUGAUAUUUUAAUUUUAGAUAAAAAUGAACAAAAUAAAAAUAUAAUAAUCAAUCAGUUAGAAAAUAAUAGUUCUGAUUUAUUUGUUCAAAUUAAAAAUAAUAGUUCAAGUGGUUUAUUUAAAAGAUUAUUAAUUAAAUACAUUCCAAUUUUAGUGACUACAAAUGUAGAUAAUCAAUAUGUGUAUGUAAUAAAAUUUCUUGAUUUUAAAGAAUUUUUAUUAAACACCCAAAAUAAAAAUGAUAAUAUUUACAGGAAUAUUUGUGAAAAGUAUAAAUUUGUAAAUUUUAAUCAAUUCUCAAUUUUUGAAAUGAACAAUAUUAAUAAUGAUAAGAAAUUUGAAUUAGAUGAAAAUUAUUAUUUUCUCUUUAAUGCCAAUAAUACUAGUAUAUAUAAGGAUGAUAUUUUGAAGGAUUCUAAAUCAACUAUUCAAUUUUACUAUAACUUUAUUUUAAAUUAUUGUUUGAACUAUUACAAUGACAAUUAUGUGAAGUAA